AUGUCAGCAGCGCAGUUCUUAUUCUUGCACAGGAACAAAGAGAAAGACGCGGCAACAUUCGACGAAGCUGUUGCAUACUAUAAGAAUAUGGAAAAUAGUUAUCAGGUCCUUCUGUUCCCUGAAGGUACAGACAAGUCUCCGUGGACCACCACCAAAAGCUCAGAAUAUGCCAAGAAGAACGGUCUGAAGGAGCUCAAAAAUCUGCUUUAUCCACGAGUAGCCGGUUUCUUUCAUCUACUCACGAAAAUGAGAGAAGCGAAUUUCGUCACCUACGUCUAUGACGUCUCGAUUGCCUAUCCAUACAAUAUCGUUCAGUCAGAGGUGGAUCUCGUCCUAAAAGGUUCGUGUCCGCGCGAAGUACAUUUUCACGUACGAAAAAUACCCGUAAAUGAUGUGCCACGAAACGAAGUGGAUUGUGGUCGUUGGCUAAACGAGCGUUGGACUGAAAAGGAAGCCACAUUGGAGGAAUACUAUUCAGAACCGAAACCGUAUAACAGACGAUUCCACGUGGAAAAAGGUCAAAGUGUCUGGAAAAAUACCAACGAAUCUCCUCGAGCGGCGUUCAUCAAGCGGUUUUGCUUUUGGUUUUGGAUGUUUGUCGUGUCAGUUAUUUACUACCAUGUAACCUUUCUGCGACCAUUGCAGGUGAAGCACGGGUCUGCUACCUGUUAA